UCCCGGCUAGGGAAGCCCGGGGCUGGCUGGUUGUGGGUGGGCCAGCCGGCUUUGAGUGUUGCCCCGCGCUGUGGGGAGGGCGUGGGCGAGUUGUGGGACUUUGAGGGAGGCUGUGCUGUCUCCGCGCACGCAGGCCACAUUCCGGGGGCCCUGCUGGGAGCGAUGAGCUCGGUGUCGCCUGCCAGCCCCGGCGGCGGCGUGGAGCCGGGAGCCUGGAUGGUGUCCUCGCCGCCGCUGCCGGAUGGACCGCUGACGGUGAAAGUGGAGCAGGACCCUCCCGGCGGCCAGGAACCAGAGCCCGGCCCGGCCCGCGGCUGUCCGCACGACCCCGAGACCUUCCGGCUGCACUUCAGGAGGCUCCGCUACCAGGAGGUGGCGGGGCCCGAGGAGGCGCUGAGCCGGCUGCGAGAGCUCUGCCGCCGCUGGCUGCGGCCCGAGCUGCACUCGAAGGAGCAGAUCCUGGAGCUGCUGGUGCUGGAGCAGUUCCUGAGCAUCCUGCCCCGCGAGCUGCAGGCGUGGGUGCGGCAGCGCAGCCCGGGGAGCGCGGAGGAGGCGGCGGCCGCCGUGCGCGCUCUGCGGUCCGCGCUGGACGGGACCCCGCUGCCGGGUCUGGUGAUGGUGGAGAAUAUGGCUGUGUCGCUAGCCUGGGCAGAGUGGGAGCGAAAGGACACAGCUCAGCGGGAUGGAGAGACUGUCCCCAAACUCUCCCCCUCCCUGAGAAAUAACAUCUCUCCAAGUUUGGAAACCAGAACUGAGAACAAAGAGUUGGUUCCAAAGCAAGAAAUCGUCGAAGUCGAGGAGCAGGGGCAGCUACAGGCAGGGCUGCCUCACCUGUCCCCCCCCUCUGCAGACACCCACAAGGACAGAUCAGAGAGGCAGCCAGGAAACCCCUUGUCCCUAAAACUCGAACAUUGUCCUGAGGAGCAAGGAGGACUCACCAGCAUCUCAGACUUCACCAAUGGUUCCUCAGAGGAGGGAAACUCCAAAAAUAGGGAACUGGGGUGUUACACCUGCAGUUCCAGUUUCCUCUUUUCUCAACACACACAGACACCACCGAGACCCAGUCAUGGUGCCCAGCAUGGGGACAGCUGCCAACGGAGUGUGCAAGUUGGGGCACAGCACCUGUCAAGCCCCUGCAGACCUGUCUCCAGUGAGGACAGCCCCCGGGGGCCAGGCCUGCGUGAGUCCCCCUGCCAGGGCCCAGAAGCCAGGCCUUACAGGUGCGACAGCUGCGGGAAGAGCUUCAAACAGCGCUACGACCUCUUCAAACACCAGCGCACUCACACCGGGGAGAAGCCCUACGGAUGCCAGGAGUGUGGGAGGCGCUUCAGCCAGAGCGCCACCCUGGUGAAGCACCAGAGGACACACACGGGUGAGAAGCCCUACACCUGCUCCAAGUGCGGUGACAGCUUCCGCCAGAGCUCGCACCUCAAGCGACACCAGCGGGUUCAUGUCCGAGAGAAGCACUACAGGUGCGACCAGUGUGGGGAGACCUGCCGGCCGGCCCACCGUGCCAGGCACCAGAGACUGCACAGCGGAGAGAGACCCUACGCCUGCGAGGACUGCGAGAAGAGCUUCAAGCGCUUCUCUGACCUCUCCAAGCACCAGCGCACCCACACCGGGGAGAAGCCCUACGGCUGCGCCAUCUGCGGGAAGCGCUUCAGCCAGAGCGCCACCCUCAUCACGCACCAGCGGACCCACACCGGGGAGAGGCCCUACAAGUGCCUGGAGUGCGGGGAGAGCUUCAGACAGAGCCCCCACCUCAGCCGGCACCAGAGAGUCCACAGAAAUAAACUCCCGUCUGUUUGACACUC